AAAUAAGCGCAAGAAAGAAACACCCAGCAAAGAGCUAAGGGGGGGAGAGAGAGAGAGAGAGAGAGAGAAAUGGCAGCUGGUGUUCAGUGUGUAUCUUCAUGCUUGGCUCUUACUUCCAAACUCAGCAGCCUCUCAAUCAAUGGGUCUUCUACUUCCUCUUCUUCUGUUGCUGUCCAUUCAAAUUCUACCCAUUUCAGGUCUCUGAGCUUCUCCGCGAGCCUUUCCCACAAUUUCUUUUCCAGAGGGUUGUCAAUGAACAAUGUUCAAAGGCGAAUUCGUCAUUCUAUAGUCUGUGAGGCUGCACCACAGAAAAAGGCCGAUUCUGCUCAAAAGAGAGAUCGACAGGCCGAGAAAAGGAGAAUUUACAACAAAGCCCGGAAAUCUGAAGUCAAAACCAGGAUGAAGAAGGUUUUGGAUGCCUUGGAAGUGCUCAGGAAGAAACCAGAAGCUCAGGCAGAAGAAGUUCUUCCAAUUGAGAAGCUCAUCGCUGAGGCAUACUCAGUCAUAGACAAAGCAGUGAAGGUAGGGACAUUGCACAGGAACACUGGCGCUCGCAGAAAGUCGCGGCUGGCCAGAAGAAAGAAGGCUGUAGAGAUUCACCAUGGCUGGUAUGCCCCUGCUCCUGCAGCAAAUGCCUGAUAAAAACCCCAUUUCUGGUCACAUUGUAGAGUAGAGGAGCGUGUUAAAAGUGAGAUGAUAACUGUUUUGUUAUAUAUUUUAUUUAUCAUUUUGUGCACAUAAUUCACACCCUUAUCUCCUCUCUCCUUAAAUUCAUUCAUAGAAUUUGGUUGUCAUUUUUAAUUACGGGUUAUAUUAUUUGCGGACUUUACAAUUGUUUUUAA